GUCUCAUUGAGUAGCUAUUGCCUAACGAAAGAUAUCAUAACAUCAUGUCACUCGUAUGGUCCGAAUCUCUAAUUCAAAAAAGAAGUAAUCAUAUCCUUCCGAGUGAACCCAACCACCCUCGACCUAAUAUCAACAAUCAUCAUUAUGACAUCCAGCAACAGUAUCCAAACCGUCCUAUCCGUCCGCCGCAUCCUAGAACGCAUCCUCCUUGACUUGGACAUGCGCACGCUCCUUACCUCCGCCCCCCGCGUCAAUCGUUUUUGGAAUUUUCUGACUCGUGACUCACGCCCCAUCCAAGAAGCAUUAUUCUUCCAACCAGUUAAGAGCCGCAGCCAUGAAUCCACCAUAAGACUCCUCAACCCCUUACUAGCAGAAGCCUUCCCGGGUAUCUUCCAACGGAAUAGUAUUGUUUUUCCCGAGCACACAGAAUCCAAACACACCUUCGAUACUCUCGACAUGGUCAAAGAUCCCGACAGGGCGGAAGUAUACAUGCGAGAAGACGCAAGUUGGCGCUAUAUGCUGGUCCAGCAGCCUCCCGCGCGUAAAUUGUGGAUUGUUAGCCAUUGUGGAGAUGAUACGGGGUUUUGUGAGAGGUGUGAGAUACAGGGUCGGAAAGUAAGCGAGACCGGACCAGAACUUCCAGACGACGGCCUCCGCAUGGAAAUGCUCUUCGAGAUCCUCGUGUUUCAUAGUGACUUCUAUGGCGUGAUGGAUUUUGCUACCGUUUACUGGUGGGGAGAUCGGGCAGGCUCUUGGGUACGGGAAUGUAUGGAGGGUAUGGGUAUAUGUAACGCCUCGGCAGCACCGGAUCUGAUUUUGUAUGCUCCGCUGUUUAUACCUGGUCCUCGUCAUUUGAUUCGGAAUAUUGAGGGUAAGGGUCAGACUCCGGCUUUGGAUUAUCUUCGUUCUUUCUAUUGGGAUAAUGGGAUACAGCCUAACUUGAAUGUAAGGAAUGGGUGGGAAACCAUUGUCAAAAGACGGAGGAGAUGGGUUGUUUGA